GACACGAAUACUACCGCUACCAGCAUCACCAUCACCAUCACCAUCAAUAACAUCAGUUCAUUCCACAUCAAUUGUGAAAGUAGCGCAAUUCAUUUGAUGCGUCUAUUUUCAUAUUCAAUCCUGUUCAAUUAGCCAACGGGCUUGCUCACUCAUUGAUUUUAAACCUUCAAAUGUCUUCUUCUCGUGAUGACAUCGGAUCGGAGCAAAACAAACAACAAAAACAAACUCCACCAAUUCGCGAACAUCAUGAUUGUACUGUCAUCGGAAGAUGUAAACCUCAUUUCCAAAAUCUGGCUUUACCAUUUCUUUCCCAAUAUCCAGAAUAUCCACGAGGAGCGGCACUUCCAUUGAUGACAUGUUUGAAAGAUCCACCACCAACAAACAAUACUUUGAUCAAAUUGCAUUUUCGAACCCUUGGAAGAAUAUUGCACCCUGAUAAAUAUUCGGGGUAUGUUAAAAAGAGUGGUCCGCCUCCAAAAUCAUUCCUCUUCUUCGAAUCACAACAUCCAUUCGAUCCAAAGAAUCCUACCCUCGAAACUCCUACUACCUCCCCUCGAAAAGCUCUUCAUCUUGUCAACUUGGCCCGUCAAACACUUCUUGAUCCAUUCCUUCGCUAUGAAUAUGAAUACGAAGAGGGUUGUACUGGAAUCAUUGGUCCAUUCUCGAUGCCAGAAUAUGAAUGCAAUCGUGCAAAAGAAAAUGGAAACCCAUACAUACGCAAUGGGUGGAUGGAUAUGAAGGAAAGAGAAUUCAAAGGAUGGGGAAGAAAACCUUGGUUUUGGGAAUAUGAAUAUGGACUUGGACAAACUGGAUUAUUGGCCGUUGGGGGAGGUUAUGGGUGGAUGGAAAGGUUUUGGAUUCAAUCCUUCCCAAAUUUUGGUGAGAGAUGGGGAUGUAUUGGAGGGGGGGAAAUGAGGGAAGGGAGAGAGUCGGCUGAUAUUCAAAAUCUGAAAAUUGGUAGUUUCGGAGGGGAUAGUGUAGGAGUAGGAGUUGGGGAGACGAUUGUCAAUGUCGGCCAUUAUUACAUUGACAAUUUUCUUCCGAGUUCGUUUUCAGAUUGGAUAUGGGGAACAUGUGAAGAUUUUCGAAAGUGGCGCGGUUAUGGUUUCAUCGGACAUUACGAAAUCGACCCUCACUCUUCCAAGAAGAUAUGGAAAGGGUCGAAUGGGGAAUGGCUUGCUGUUCGUGAAGGAGAGUCGGCCGGAUUUGGUUCAAGUAUGCAUCGUAUGAUAGCGACUUCGCCUAUCUAUGCCAACAUGUCAUCUACUUUAGGAGGACAUUGUGAAGGAAGAAUUUGGUGGACUUGGAUUCCUGCUUCUGCGGGUGGAAGUGUUUCCAAUUUAGGAAUCGGCAGAUUAGCAGGAAGUGGAGACAGUAUACAAGGAAGGAAUCUAGCCGAACUUCCCUGGUCCCAACGUUAUCAUAAUUCCAAUACCAAUAAAUAUCGUCUCCAGUCCAAACAAAUCAACAAGGAUGAGGUGUUUGAUUCCAGGUUAGUGGAAGUCCUUCCGGCAUUCUAUGGCUUUCUGAUUCUGAUGGCGGGUUCUAUUUUCCUUUGUUUCAUAUGGGGAUGUUGGAGAUUCUUGAGAUGGUGGCAAGGAAUUGGAAUAGAGAAGGAGAAGGAGAAGGAGAAGGAGAAGGAGAAGGAGAAGGAGAAGGAGAAGGAGAAGGAGAAGGAGAAGGAGAAGGAGAAGGAGAAGGAGAAGGAGAAGGAGAAGGAGAAGGAGAAGGAGAAGGAGAAGGAGAAGGAGAAGGAGAAGGAGAAGGAGAAGGAGAAGGAGAAGGAGAAGGAGAAGGAGAAGGAGAAGGAGAAGGAGAAGGAGAAGAAGGAGAAGGAGAAGGAGAAGGAGAAGAAGGAGAAGGAGAAGGAGAAGGAGAAGGAGGGAAUGGUAAAUGCCACACCAAAGGUCUUUGGGAAGCCAAGUCCAAAGAGGGUGUUACAAUAUCAUUCCCAUGAUCGGAACUCUUCUGGUAAGAGGACUUCUCAGAUUAUUGGAGGUGAUGAAAUCAAUGAGAGUUCUGAGAGUUGUGAGAGUUCUGAGAGUUGUGAGAGUUCUGAGAGUUCUGAUAGUACAGAAAUUUUUGAGAGUUCUAAGGGUUUUUGAGAGUAUUAUUGCAGGUGGUGGAUGAAUACCUAGUAAACAGAGGUUGAGAUAGAUUGUUAACAAAAUGAAGUGAGCAGAGUAUCUCGUAGUGUGUUAAUAUAUUUUGUUUCGUUCCAUUAUGUUAUAUUCAUUACACGUAGACGUAUUUUUGUAAGAACACAGUAUUCA